AUGCUUUUCGACACCAUCGUCGCGGGCCUGCUGCUGGCCGCCAGCGCCGCCGCCAUCCCCAUCGAGAACCCGUUGGAACUCAUCAAGCGCGCCCCGAGCGCUGGCGUCGUUAUUCAAAAGUGCGCCAAGCCUGGUGUUUUCGCCCUCGCCUACGACGACGGCCCCUACCAAUACACCUCGCAGCUUGUGGACAUUCUUAACCAGGGCGGCGCCAAGGCCACCUUCUUCAUGACCGGAAAGUUGUACGGCUGCAUCUACAACCAGCGCACCGCCGUGAAAAAGGCCUUCGACUCGGGCCACCAGAUCGCCUCGCACACGUGGACGCACCCCCAGAACUUUGGGAGUCUUAGCUCAUCUCAACUCACGACUGAGAUGCGGAACCUUGAGCAGGCGAUGGUUAACAUCAUUGGCAAGAAGCCUGCCUACAUGCGCCCGCCGUACCUUGCUACCGGUGGUUCUGUGCUUUCGACCAUGAAGUCGCUGGGAUACAAGGUCAUCACCGACGACGUCGACUCCGGUGACUGGAAUGGACAGACUCCGGCGCAGAGCGAGCAGAAGUUCCAGUCAGCUGGUGCUAGUGGCAACGGUCACAUUCCCCUUAUGCACGAGGUUUACGCCAGCACGGUGCAGACCUUGACGCCUUGGUUGAUCAACUGGGCUAAGCAAAACAACCUCAAGCUGGUUACUGUCGCUGAGUGCCUUGACGACGCCAGCGGUGCCUACCAGUCUGGCUCCUUCACUGGCAAUGGUGCCAACACUUGCUAA